AUUCGGAACAUUUUCCUCCUUCGAUUCACACUGAUUUCGGAUUCUUUCAAAAUAACAUUCGAGCGAGUUCUAAUACAAAAAGAAGAUAAACAAAUUAAAAUAUUUAAUUGUUUCUUUUUUUUUUAAUUAAAAGAUAAUAUUUUCAAUUAAUUAAAAUGUCAUCCCGAAUGCAAGGUUUAACUCUCCAAGGACUGCGAAAGCAUCCAUCUUUAAUUCCCCUAUUCGUUUGUUUGGGUAUUGGAAGUUCGGUCGCUGCUUUUUGUACACUAAGAGCCGCUUUAACAAAUCCGGAUAUAACGUGGAGCAAUAAAAACAAUCCAGAACCGUGGAAUGAAUACAGUGAUAAAGGGUAUAAGAAGUUAGUUACCGUGGACGACAAGGCUCCGUUUAACACAAGAAAUUCGUCAAUUUUUGAUAUAGCGAAAAGAUAAGCAUACACAUAAAAAUAUAUAAGCCAGAGAUGAAAUAUCUCGGAUAAAGUUAAGUUAUCUUUAUUUCAUUAUUUUUAAAUUAGUGGUCGUUAAUAAACUACGUAACACUGCUUUAUACCUUUCUUCCCCUUCCGAAAGAAUUGAUAACACAUUUGUUUGUAAAAUUUUUAUUCGUUAAUUACUACUCUCCUUUGAAGUAUUCGGUACUUAUUUAUUGACGAUCCCUUAAUCAUAUUAAUUAUUUAUCUGAAUAUUAUAAAAAUAUAUUUAUAGUAGUUUUUAAAUUACAAAAAUUUGUGAUCAAUUGAAAUAAGUUUCAAAAGUCAUAAUUUCAAUUAAAAUUUUUCUUACCGGAGAGCAUUGCAGAGCUUAUUUUACUUAAAUGUAAGUUUAUGCAUUGCAAUUUCCUAUUGUGAAACUUUUAGUCAUGGAACAAGUGCUGUAUUAUUUAUAGAAAAUAAAAUGAAUUAUUAUUUGCUUAAAUGUUUGUUCGUGAAAAUAAAAUUAAAAGCAGUUACAGAAGACCAUGUGUGUAAAUUUAAAUUUAGCUAAGUAGGGGAGCGUGGUCCUAAGUUGGCCGUGGGCCUAAGUUGGCCACCCUGCAUUUCUCAGAGAUGGUAACUGGACGAAUCUAUAAUUUUUUGGUAUGAUAUAUUGAUAGACCAUGAUAUACUUUAUGGACCUAAUUAUAAUCUAAGAUUCGUCUACGCAUUGUGAGGACAAUAAUAUUGUUUACGACCAAAAAAAUUUAAUUUUUCUUGUUUUUUCGAGAGCAGCUACAAGAGAUAAAUAAUUAG